AUGUCAGGCAAUUCGAAUCGAUCAGGGGAAGAUAUUAAAUCCGUUUCCAAAAAUAUUCUGGAACUGCUUAAUAGAAGAGCAUCUGGCUCAGAUGACGAUGAGGAUGAUGAUCAAUCUCUAACGGUCGAUUUUUUGGAAGACGUAGAAGAGGAUGAUGGCGGCAGUCCAGUUCACCCAAAAAAGCCCUCCAAUUUUUCUCGCAGGACUAAAAAGUAUUCAAAUGAGGAAGAUGAGAUCUAUGAGGACCAAUAUGUGAAGCAGCCAAAGAAAUCUAAACUUUCAGAUGAUGAGCUUGUCUUUUCAGACGGAUACGACGAUGACCUGAUGGGCGAUGCCAUCGAUAGGGAAAGACAGAAAAAAAGAGAACGCUGGGAAUUGCACCGAAAAUUACAGAAAGACAAAAAGCCCAUCAAACAGCCUGAUUGGAUGCGAAAAACAAGCACCAUCGAUGUGGACGACGACGAACAUGAGCAUCUGCAGCCUUUUCGCGCUGAUUAUGGAAAUCAAGAGCAUGCUUCUUCGAUCAAGAAUUUUUGUGCCGCAAAAAAAGAACCCGUAGUGUUGGACGAUACUGUUGAGCUGGAACACAUCCUUCCCAUCUGUUUAACUAGGUCCCUGAUUGAAAAAUGGCUGUAUCGUUCGUUUUUUAAAACCGACCUUGCUGGCUUUUUUGUUCGGCUUUCUCUUGGCGUGGAUCCCAAUCGUGGUGAGCAAGUCUAUCGGCUAUGCCAAAUUGAUUCGGUGGUCGAAUAUUACAAGACGUACACGGUCAAUGCCUCUGUCACAAAGUCUGCCUUCAACUUGCGCAUCGGAAAGGCAUUGAAAAAGUUUGCCAUCGACGCAAUUUCAAAUUCUCCGCCCACUCAAAAAGAAUUUGGCCGCUGGCUGAUGGAGCUGCGUCAUUCUAAUUGCUACAUAAUGAGGAGGAAAGAGGCAACUUCUCUCGCGGAGAGAGUAAAAUUUCUUCUCAAUUCCCCGAUGACGGAGAAAGAAAUUGAUUUUGUCGUCAAAGAAAAGCGGAAAUUAAAUGUUUUGAAAAGAAACCCUGCCUCUGAAAAGGCAUUUUUAAUGAAGGAGCGAGAGCUUGCCAUUCAGGCUGGCAUGGCUGAUGAGGUCGAGAGGAUCAAUACAUCGCUCAAUAUCCUAAAUCAAAAAAUCUCCGAUUCCAAUGCUGCAGGGAAUUCCAGAGCUGAUUCGAUGUCUGCAAUUUUCGAAAGGAACAGGCGUAUUAACCAGGCCUCGGCAGAUGCCGAGCUUGAACGCAAAAGGGUGUCCAUCCUUAACGGUGGGAAUGGCUCUUCUUUUUCAGAUGAUUCCCUUAAUCCCUUUUCUCGCAGAAAAACAGUUUCUACUUAUGCUAGCAUUGUUGCUUCCACGACCUACAAGGAAGAAGAGGAACACAACAAAGAUUUCCCUUCCGUUCCUGUGCCCUCAAAUGGCGGCCUCCCUGCCGAUGGCCAAGAAAAAGCCUCAAAUGGUACUGAGCCAAAUUCUUUGGUAAAAACUAGCGUGAUAUUGAAAGAAAAUAUUUCAUUGGAUGACUUGGAAAUCGACAUCCCUGGUAUUUGA